AGGCCGGUGUGUGACAGACCGGCUGUGCCCUCAAGGGCUGGGGCCUCUUGGAGCCGCUCCUGCUCCUCCUGCCAGGCCGGCUCCGGGGGAGGCGCGCGUGGAGGGGACAGCGAGCCUGUGCGCGCUGUGCUGGACGUGUGUGUAACCAACGGGAGGUGGCUGCGAGACCUGCGCAUGGCUCGCCGGCUCCCCCUGUAGCGCUGAGUGGGGACUGCCCGAGUGGGAGCUAGAGACUCGAGCGGUAUUUUGGAUUCGACAGUACUCGGUUGCACUUCUGUGACGGGGAUUGGAGAGACGACCUUUCAUCUUUUGGUCCCUUUCUCCUGCUCCCGCUAGGAGGGAACAAGAAGAACAGGAUUCUGGUCUGCAGGGGAGAUACCAAUGACCUAUAUAAGCUCCCUUUCUUACACAUCAGAAAAAUGGAAUGACAUGGAGUACCUGAUGAAAUACCUUAAUUAUGGGGUCACCACAGUGGUGGUGGCUUCAAUAUUAGCCUUUUGUUUAACUCCUGUUAUGGUCUUAUUCUGUAAAUGCUUCAGUUUACUUUAUAUUACAAUUUAUCACAGGAGUUCUAAGCUAAAAACAAAUUGUUCUGAUGAUUUCUGGCAUGAUGCAAGGCAAACUUUGGCAUACUUUUGGGAUUUGUAUGCAAGAAUAUGGUAUGGGUAUGAGCUUCAUGGUUUGAAAAAUAUACCAGAAGGACCAGCUCUUCUUAUUUAUUACCAUGCAGCCAUUCCUAGCGAUCUCAUGUUCUUUCUAGCUAGGUACUUUAUCUUGAAACGCCGGCUGUGUAGCUCUGUAACCGAUCAUAUGGUCCAUAAAAUACCAGGGCUUAAAACAUGUUUAGAAUCUCUUAAGUUUCUUCAUGGUACAAGGGAAGAAUGUAUGAAUGCACUGAAAAAUGGUGAACUAGUGUGUAUUGCACCAGGUAGUGCUCGAGAAGCAUUGUUCAGUGAUGAAACUUACAAACUUGUAUGGUGUAAUCGUAAAGGCUUUGCUCACCUGGCUAUAGAUGCAAAAGUGCCCAUCAUUCCAAUGUAUACUGAAAAUGUUCGGGAAGCAAGUAGAAUGCUUAAAGAAAGGAAAUUAAUUAGGUGGCUAUAUGACACUCAUCGAGUGCUAAUAGUCACACCACAUGGAGGACUUCCAGUCAAACUUCGCACGCACAUUGGAGAACCCAUUCCAUAUGAUCCAAAUAUAACUGCCGAGGAACUAGCUGAGAAGACAAAGACUGCACUCCAGAAUUUGAUACAAAGACACCAACAAAUACCAGGAAGCAUGUGGAAGGCUUUAUUGGCAUGUUUCGAUAAACCACAAAAAGAUGAUUAGAAAAUAUCAUCUCUUUAUGGACUCAUUAAGUAUAAAAUACAACAUUACAUGUACUUCAAUAAGCAAUCCUCUGAAAAUGCAUGGUAAAUUCUAUAGAAAUGGUUGCUAGUAGAUUAUCAUUGAUAUUGCAUAUAUAAUUUACUGGUUUCUGUAUAACUGGAAAUGGUUUGAUGUUGUAAAGGCUCCAUUCUGCAGUGUUUACCCAAGCAAGAUUCCUGAUGAUUUCAGUGGAUGGGGAGAUAAUGCAAAAAGAUGCAUUUUUGCCAAGGUAGUGAACCAAAAGCAAAGAGGGUUUGGUUCUUAGUGGUUACUUUUAUAACCCAACCUUGAUUUUUUUUUUUUUUUUUUUUUUUUUUUUUUUUUUCUUAGAUAGAUAUAGAAAGGCAUUCCCUUCCAUUUCCCAACUAUUUCUGACUUUUUCUCUCCCUCUCUAUUCCCUAUAAUUAUGAGUAAGC